AUGGGGCAACAGCUUGGUGUUGUAACGGGCGCGCUUGUUGCUUUCAAUGCACUAAUCCCCUUCGUCUCCGCAGUUCCGUUCGGGUUGCAGAUCUAUGGGUGUACUAUGCCUGGGGUCAUCGCGCCAGGUUUUGAUGACGGGCCAUGGAUCUAUACCGAAGAUAUCCUGGACAGGAUGGGGGCCGCGGGAUUCAAAGCGACCUGGUUCAUCAACGGGGCUAACAAGGGCAACAUUUAUGACUACAACUCGACCCUACGAAGAAUGGUUAGCAUGGGACACCAAAUCGGCUCGCAUACGUGGAGCCACAAGGACCUCGCGACGUUGACCGCCGACGAAAUACGACAAGAAAUGACGUUGCUCGAGGACGCUAUGGUAAACAUCUUGGGAUACUUCCCAUACUACAUGCGACCACCAUUCUUAUCACUCAACGCCAAUGCCCUCAGUGUUCUCAAAGAUCUGGAUUACCACGUCGUUAUUGGUGACCUUAACACCAAGGACUGGGAAUACCAAUCGGAAACCGGCAUCAAUACUGCAAAGCAGCUCUUCAUCGAUGGUCUUGACCAAGGCUACACCAUCGUCGAAUCUCACGAUCAAGAAGAGUGGACUCAUGGAGAGCUCAUCGAUUACAUGAUUUCUGUAGUGCAAAGCAGAGGUAUCAAAACCGUGACUAUCGCAGAAUGUCUGGGUGAACCAUCGACUUCACAAUGGUAUCGUUCCGUUCGAGAACUAAAACCUACUAAUGCAACUAAUAGCGGGGACACAGACUCGACUGUAACGUACUCCCUUAAUGGAAGGUGUGGCAACAUCAACGCUGGCAACAAUCUUGGCUGGACCUGUCCUCCCAAUGGCGGCCGAUGUUGCAGCAGAUACGGAAACUGCGGAAGCACCAGCGACUACUGCGCUGCGAAUGUCUGCCAGCCAGCUUUUGGAUUAUGCAAUGCUCCAAUUUCUUCAUCAUACCGCGACGAGGCCAGCAUGGCACCUAUAGCAACCAACCUGCCUUCAUCGACUUUUUUGUUUUUCAACAACACCGCAACAUCUACCUCCCAUAGCGCGGCUGCAACCUCUCUCGGACCGGGAAGCAUCACACCGGACAACACCUGCGGAAACCAGGGAAGUGGGAAAAACAAAGGCUACCUCUGCAAGGCGGGUUUGUGUUGUAAUUUCUACAAUCAGACCAUCUUCGUCGUUGAUACUCCGACUCCCGGAACGAGAUUCUCCACCAUCAAGGUCGUUGUUGGUUCCAUCAGAAUCAUACAACGCUUUGGCGAGACCGAUAAUCCGUGCUAA